GGCCAUGGCGAGCGAUGGGGCCUCCGCAGGCGGCCGCGCAAUCCCGCGGCCGCUGCACUCCGCGCGGGCCGUGGACGUGGCCACGGCCUCCAGUUUCCGGAGUUUCGCGAUGCUUCACAUACACCUGGACUUGCGGAUCCAGUUCGGGCCGCCCGGACCCAGCCCGGGGAGCCGGGGGCUGAGCGGCCAGGCGGUCCUGGAGCUGAGGUGCCUGCAGCCCGAGGGCGCCUCCGAGCUGCGGCUGGACUCGCACCCGUGCCUGGAGGUGACCGAGGCGGCGUGGCGGCGCCAGCUGCCGGGUGUGGAGGAGCCGCCGGCGGAGCCCGUGGCCUUCCGCACGGAGCCCUUCUCGCGCUACGGCCAGGCCCUGUGCCUGAGCCUUCCGCAGCCCUGCGCCGCCGGCCAGCGCUUCCAGCUGCUGCUCACCUACCGCGUCGGGGAGGGGCCCGGGGUUUGCUGGUUGACUCCUGAGCAGACAGCAGGAAAGAAGAAGCCCUUUGUCUAUACCCAAGGUCAGGCUGUCCUAAAUCGGGCCUUCUUCCCUUGCUUUGACACUCCUGCAGUGAAAUGCAAAUAUUCCGCUCUUAUUGAGGUCCCAGAUGGCUUCACAGCUGUGAUGAGUGCUGACACCUGGCAGAAGAGAGGCCCAAAUAAGUUCUUCUUCCAUAUGCAUCAGCCCAUCCCCGCCUAUCUGAUAGCUUUGGCCGUCGGAGACCUGGUUUCAGCUGAAGUUGGACCCAGGAGCCGGGUGUGGGCCGAGCCCUGCCUGAUCGAGGAUGCCAAGAAGGAAUAUGACGGGGUAAUAGAAGAAUUUUUGGCAACCGGAGAGAAACUUUUUGGACCCUACGUCUGGGGAAGGUAUGACCUGCUCUUCAUGCCACCGUCCUUUCCAUUUGGAGGAAUGGAGAACCCUUGUCUGACCUUUGUCACCCCCUGCCUGCUAGCAGGGGACCGCUCCUUGGCUGAUGUCAUCAUCCAUGAAAUCUCCCACAGUUGGUUUGGGAACCUGGUCACCAAUGCCAACUGGGGUGAGUUCUGGCUCAAUGAAGGCUUCACCAUGUAUGCCCAGAGGAGGAUCGCCACCGUCCUCUAUGGAGCUGCUUACACCUGCCUGGAAGCUGCCACCGGGCGGGCUCUGCUUCGGCAGCACAUGGACAUCACUGGCGAGGACCACCCACUCAACAAGCUCCGGGUGAAGAUCGAACCAGGUGUUGACCCAGACGAUACCUACAAUGAAACCCCCUACGAGAAAGGCUUCUGCUUUGUGUCAUACCUGGCCCACUUAGUGGGCGAUCAGAAUCAGUUUGACAAUUUUCUCAAGGCCUAUGUUGAUGAAUUUAAAUUCCAAAGUAUCUUAGCGGAUGACUUUCUGGAAUUCUACUUGGAAUAUUUCCCUGAGCUGAAGAAAAGGAAAGUAGAUUCCAUUCCAGGUUUUGAGUUUGAUCGAUGGCUGAACACCCCUGGCUGGCCCCCCUAUCUCCCUGACCUCUCCCCUGGGGAUGCACUCAUGACCCCGGCCAAUGAGCUGGCCCAGCUGUGGGUGACCGAGGAGUUGGACAUGAAAGCCAUCAAUGCCGUGGCCAUCUCCACCUGGAAGACCUACCAGCUGAUUUACUUCCUGGAUAAGAUCCUCCAGAAGUCCCCUCUUCCUCCCGGGAAUGUGAAGAAACUGGGAGAGGCAUACCCAAAGAUCUCGAGCUCCCAGAAUGCGGAGCUCCGGCUGCGAUGGGGCCAAAUCGUGCUCAAGAAUGACCACCAGGAGGAUUUCUGGAAAGUGAAGGCAUUCCUGCAGAGCCAGGGCAAACAGAAGUACACCCUCCCACUGUACCACGCCAUGGUGGGGGGCAGCCAGGCAGCCCGGACCCUCGCCCAGGAAACCUUCGAGGCCACCGCAGCCCAGCUCCACAGCAACGUUGUCAACUACAUACAACAGAUCCUGGCGCCCAAGGGCAGCUAGAGGCUCUGGCGCCAGCUCUCCAGACUUUGCAGACUCUCAGAAUCAGUGCCCCCAAAUUCCAGACCUCCAAUCAACUUUCCUAAAGUUCACAUCCCCUUGGGAUAAUUGUCUUGGGGUCUCAUUUCUCACCCUGCUGUCCUCAGGGAGGCUGGAGGCUUUGCUGGGGGGCCAGUCUCCUCCCUCCUCCUCUCUGGAGUCUUUGGGGAAGAGCAGAGGGGAUGUUCUUUCUUCCUUUUUCCUUCCUUCUUUGUUGAUUCUUGAAGUACUAUGCAAAGGGCUGCCUCCUGGAAAUUCUUUCUUUCAGGUUUAAUGCUUAUUUUAAUAAA